AUGGUUGCCGGAGCUUGGGCUAUAGCUGACGUGGCAUCGAUGGCUGGCGACACCGCACUUUCUGAUACCUGGCGAGCCUAUGGCAACGACCUUUACGAACGAAUGGAAGAGCAUCUCUACAGCCAAGAGCUCAACUACUGGAUUGACGUUGUUCAAGGGACGAAUCUGCGAUGCGAAGGCCGCGAGCUGAUUGGCAUGUAUCCGUAUCGGUUCGAUGUCGGUACCAACGACACCUACAUUCGUGGACUGGAGGCAGGCUUGACGCCAGAGCAUUUCUUGACCGAGUUCGGACCGACGACUCUCGAGCAGACAAAUCCAUACUACACCGCUUUCAAGAACUCCACCAAUUGUUGCGUCUGGAACGGGCAAAGCUGGCCCUUCUCGACCUCAGUGUACUUGCAGACGCUCGCACGUCUUGCCAGGGAAGGCUUGAGUGACGUUGCCACGUCUGAGUUCUUCAAUCAAGAGCUGGAAAAAUAUGUUCUCACCAACUACAAGGAUGGUGUACCGUACACAGCCGAGUCACACUUCCCAACUAUCAACAUGUGGUCUGGAGACACUUCGAAUCACUCAGAACACUACCUGCACUCUACGUACUUCGACAACAUCUUUACCAAUUUGCUAGGAGUUAUUCCGACGUUCGGCGACACGCUCGUGCUCAAGCCGCUUGUACCGAGCGACUGGACGCAUUUCGCGGUGGAGAACCUUCCAUAUCAUGGUACUCUGCUAAGCAUGGUGUGGGAUCAGGAUGGAACACACUACGGCGACUGCUCUGCAGGCUUCAGUAUCUAUUCCAACGGCACGAAGUUCCACCACCAGAUGGACUUCCAGGCGGUCAAUGUUACACUACCAUUCAAUACAGCCGAAGCCGCCCAGCGAUUAGCUCAACAACCGCAGUGGCAGAACAUCCUAGCUAACCCCAACUCACCCCACGGCCUUCCAGCAGUCACAGCCGACUGGAAUCUCAACGUCGAUGGCGACAACGCCCCCUAUCCAGCCUGGAAGAUGAACGACGGUCUGCUGUGGUAUGAUACGACGCCGGAUAAUCGCUGGACGCACAACCAAAGCACGGUGCCAUACAGCAGUAUCAACAUCACCCUCCCCCGGCCCCGGAAGAUGCGCAGUCUCAGCCUCGCCAUCUUCGCAGACCGCGAACGAGGCGGCGUCGUCGAUUGUCCGGACGGCAUCAAAGUCACAGACAGCAGAAAUCGAGUCGUGGUCUUCGAGAAGCCGUGGCGGGACUGCGUGCCCAACGCGCUGAACACUGUACUCUUCGCGGACCCGGCUACCGUUACUGCUGCCAACAAGAGCACGCCUGAAUCUGGCUUCGAGAUCGAGACGGACUUCCUGCAGGUCACGUUGAGCGAUAAACUGCACUACACCACUGCUGUCAGCGAGAUACAGAUCUGGAUCGCACCGAACCGCGGACCGCGGUAUGAGUUGGAAGACGGUCUUGUCGGGACAUUCAUCGGUGGCUUCGAAGGACGGGCGACUGGUAUGAACGGCACCAUUGAGCAUGGUGGCGUGACGCUGGGCGAGGGGGGAUGGGUCGAGAUUGCUGAUGUGCGGAGGUCGGACAGCCAGGCGGGUAGAUCGGGGUUGACGGUUACUGGUGGAGGGCGUGGGACUGUGGAGGUGGGUGUGAACUGGUUGCGGAAUCAUACCGUUUCGUUUGAUGGAGCGACCAACAAGACGGUGCAGGUUGAGCUGCUGAGGGGAGGGAAUGUGGUGACGGUGUUCCAGAAGAGGGGACGGCCGUUCGUGGAUGCUGUUACUGUGCAGUAG